CAUGGACUACAUAGCGAAAUGGAUUAAAUGAUAAAAACGUCUAUUGAUUCAUCAAAGAAUUAGUAAAAUCGUUAUUAAAUUAAAUUAGCGUGGCUUUCUACUACGACUAAAUUCCUAGUAAUUUUGUAUCUGUGCAUAUUUGUCUAACGAUUGCAAUGAAUCAGUCAAGCGCAAGUUUUCAGAAGCUCUUAGCGGAUUACGCUGACGUCCUUCCAGAACGAAUGGCCCACGAUAUUCUAAAGACGUAUAGCCUCUUGUCGAAUCAACACGAGUUCCUUCUAAAUCUUGACGGGAAUGCUAAACGUUAUCGGGACUGCGUCAGAGAAGAAGAUAUUGACAUUGUUGCCCAAGAGAUGCGCAAUAUUCAAACGGACGAAGUUAGUUUCAUGUCAGGUCUAUCAAAAUGUUGAAGGAGUGUCGCCAGGAGCACAACGACACCCAGCAUGUGAUGCGAUACAAUGCCGAGGGACCGAGUUCCUUCUGCAACAGUAUCCAUCUAGGAAGCACCAGGAUAUUGCUGAAAAACUGGCUUUUGUGCGAUUGUUGGAACGCAGAAACAUUCAGUAUAUCGGACGCUUAACUCCCAAUACGACAGUGAGUUUCGAGGCGGUUGAAAAGGCAGUUGUUCUGUUUUACCAUGAACGUAUUAAAAACGAUGAUCCGAAAGAAUGGGCUGCCUUAUUGGCUGCGUUUUUCGAUUUAGCGGACGGUGCGGAGCAAGGGAAAAUCGGAGUGGCAUUGUUCGCCGUAGUUGACUGUGACCUUUCUGGCUACAUGGGAUUAGAAGACAGAAACGUGAAUGCAAUAAUUCAGUAUCGAAACGGCAAACCGGUAGGCGAGAAACUUGCUGCAGUGACAGACGAAAAAGCUUGCCCGACAGCAAAGCCAGCAAUUCCAUCUACGCAAUGUUCGGUACCGAAAAAACUGGGAGCGCUGCGUCUGCCGUGUCCUACUUCUUCGACGCCUGACCGCUGUCUACCUGAUGGAGUUCACGAGUGGGAAUGUUCCAAGUGUCACCAGUUACUUAUGUAUGGAUUUGACGACCAUCUCUACUGCAAAUGUGGCAAAGCUGCAGCUGAAUGGUAUAGGUUUCAUUGUGGACAACAACGGCACGGUUCGCAAUAUUCCGGUUUCAGACCAAACGUACUGACUAGCUUUCUGCAAAAUCUGAAGCCAUUUAAAGAGAUCAAUAUUAUUAUUUUAGGUGAAAAUACAGCCGAAAGCUCUACAUGGAUUAAUGGUUUCGUUAAUUGUGUUAUCUGCCCAGAACUCAGUAAAGCUCUUACGGAUCCGAUUCACCUCGUUUCUACAGCAGAUUCAUCCGAUAGUAAUAAUCCAAAAAAGUCGGAAGCAGAGGUUUCAGAUUCUGCAAAUACAACCUACACGAAGACCUACGCCUUUCGCAAUAGCAACAACCUUAUCCGACUCAUCGACACAACGACCGACCAUAGCAGAGGCAAUAAUGAUCACCAAGAGGUACAAAAUUUUCCAUACAUUAUCAAAGACUUGACAAAAUAUGAUGGGGUGCACGGCAUCUGCAUUCUUGUUCCACCAAACAAUGGCCAGUCGACGAGAAUCGCAAAAUUUCUGCAGCGCCUGCACCGAGAUGUGUGCCGAAACAUUGUUUUUAUUUUAACCGGUGGGUGCAGCAUUUUCUCGCGAGGCACUGUGUGCAAGGCACUGGAACGAUUCAUGGAAAAUUGUAAAUACCCAGUACAUCUUAACGUCUACGAUACAGGUAACGUGUAUUGCAUGGAUUAUGAAGCGUUUAAUUCUGCUGCAACUUUGCAGUCCAGAUCUAAGGUUACGGGCUUUUGCGAUGCAAACCUAGACAAGAUCUGGGAGACCGCCGCGCAAGAUGCAAAUCGGCUGGUUAAAUAUCUUGGUGAAAGGGCACCCUAUAAGUUGCAACCCACUAUAUCCCUUCUAAAUGAAUGUAGGGAAACGAUUAAGGCCUUGACGGAAGUUGUACAACAGAUUAGCGAAACCAAUAAAAAACCUAAGUCGGUACUUGAUGAAAGAGCCCAAGAACUUCAACAGCUCAUACGUGACCGAAGUGACCUGGAAAAACAUCUGUACGUGCCAUCAAUUACCUUGGAAACCAUUUCGUUACCGUACCCCCGUCUGGUUUGUGUGGGGCGGAAAUGCGUGAAAGUUAUUGGUAAUAAGGUGAACUAUGUAACCCACUGCCACGAACCUUGUUACUGCGUUAUAGGGCCAGUUCCGGGUGUAUACCCAACACCCGGUGUCCAAAAUUGUGUUGCAAUGGAUAGUACUAAAUUACGAUGCUCUAAAUGUGGUUGUUCCUGGGAAUUUCACAUGCAGGUGGAAUACGAGACGAAGGAAGUGGAAGUUUCUAUGGUGGAUGAAAAAAUACAAACGUUGCUGGGGCAGAAAAGUAGCGAAAUCGUGGCUGCCAAACUUUUCGCGAAAGAUUGUGAGGAGGGUAUAACCAGAAUAAACAAAGAAAUGGAGGAGAUUUUCGAAGUGGCUGCCCUGUUGAUGUACUAUAUAAAAAACAAUGCCAUAGUCUCCGGCACGGAUUCCAUGGGUGAAUUUCUCCGUUUCUUAAUAGCAAAUGAAGAAAAAAAGGUUGCUGCUGGCUCCACUCGAAAGUGCCUGGAUGAUUAUCAGGCCGUACUCCAAACCUAUGUGGACGAGCAAAAGCUAUUGGAAUUAACGAUGGCAGAUGAGAGCACGAAUUACCAAGUCAUUACAUCGAAAGUCAGUGCCGCCAUCAAGUCGCUCUAUGGUUUGGAUAUCAGCGGAGAGAUAAUCAAAAGCCUUGUAGAAAAGUGCAGAAAGGAAUCCGCGCCCAUGCUACCGGUGGAGGAUACAUCGGUCACUUUUCUGUGGAAGUUGGUAUCUCGGCAUCCGGUACGAAAAUGCGGCCUACCAACCAAGACCUCUCGGACAGAAAGGAAACAGGAGUCGUUAGGAAUGAUGAGGCCAACAACAACCGCAAUUAUUUUCAGCAUGAUAAAAACGACGGAAAUUGUGAACAUCAAGGUUAUGGCAACCAGAUUUAUCGCCGCGCCUCUGCUUUCAGAGACAUUCCAGCUAUAAUGUACAGUAUCCCCAAGCUGCAAGUGAAGCUGACAAAGCUCGUGAUAACGCUCCAGUACCCACACAGUCAAAUGUCCAUCCUGUCACGUAUCACAAGCAGAUGCUAAAUGCCGGCCAAGCUUUAGCGCCAACAUACUACGGCCGGCAAACUCCAACUCCUUUCCUUUACCAAGGCGACAAACCGUCCGCUCCCCGGCAAAGCAUACAUUUUCCUUUGCCGAACCCCCAUCAACUGGCUACGCCAGCGCUGCCGAUGCAUCGAGGGUCUGCAGACCUUUCUAAAGGAAGCAUUGCGAAUCCUGGGUAUGCAGCAGCUAUUUUACCGUAUGGACCUCAAUUGUCCAACCGGGAUGAACAAGCGAUGCCAUCAUAUCGCUUGCAGGGCGCAAACAAUUUCGCAAGAUCAACAACAGCGCGGUCACGACAGAGCCGCGACCUCGCUACGGGAAAUAUUCUAAAUGAAAUGCGAGGUUUGCCGCCGGCCCAUAAAAGCCUCGUUCCGGAAUCGACACAAGAUUUAUCCCAAAGCGAGGCCAAGACUACAACGGAUCUCUCGGCAUCACAGUUCGAUCGAAAUGUUGCUCAUCGACCUGUUGCGGUCGUUUCACAAUUUGGACCAAAAAAGCCAUCUGUGCCAAUGAAAAUAAUAUUAAAACCGUACACUCCAAAACCCACCCAGAAGUCGGCUUCUCCCAGUCUUGAUCAAUCGGGCGUGGAUAAGAUCAGUCCACCGAACAAAGGACUGGAAAAGAAGGGAGUGGCAUUACGGAAGUGCGAUACCGAAUAAUAGCUACGGAUUGGAUUCAGAGGAACGCAGGAAUCCGGUACUGCGACACACGACACGCCCCCUUUCUAGUGGUCCCUCUGCUACAGUUGUGUGUGUGUGUAAAUUGGUGUAAAUUGAUAAAAUGGGAAAUGUUAAACGCUAACAUGUGUCACUUGCUGCUACUAAGGUCACCAGUGCGACCAGUACCCUAAUAAGAAUAACAGCACUGCGUCAUGU